UCUGUGGUGCAUUGUGGGGGGAUGAGUCUUUGCUUGACCAGCGCGUCAUGGAGCGGGUGGGAGACGCUGUCCAAGAUGGAGAAACGUCGACUCCGGUGGGACAUCAUCAACAUCACGUUUGGCUUGCUGUCUCUGUUUUUUUUUUAUUAUUUGUGUUUUACUGAUUAAUUUUCCUUCAGCUUAAAUAAAAAUAUGUAUUUAUAAUAUAUAUAUUUUCCCCAAUUUGUGUUAGUAUUAUAAUCAUCUGCAUCUCUGAGGUUGUACAGAUCUAAAACAGCAGCUUGUAUCCGGUCUGCAGUACCCGGCUCUGUCCACUGGGGGGCGCCCUGCGCCUGCAGACCGAGCUCUGCUGCUGCUGUUCACACUGAUUUAUUUCCAGCAGCAGUGUCGCAGAACAAAGUGCCAUCUGUGUUUCACGCACGACAGAUUCUCCUGUUCAUUACCACAGAAGAAGAAUUAAUAAAGCCAUUAAGUUAAAGUAGAAAACGUAUUUAAAAAGCAGGUAAAUCUAAAUUAAGGACCCUGCAGUCUGGUCCUUCAGGUGUUUCACAGAGCCGACUCGUUCGCGUCCGACACAUCACUACUGUGUAUUUACAGUAUUUAUUAGUGUGUGUGUGUGUGUGUGUGUGUGUGAUGCAUAAACGAAUCCUGCUCAUUUAAACCAAAAUUGUUCUUUAAGAGCCAGCCUGGCAGCGGGUCUUAAUCUGGAGAUCCUGGGUUCCAGGACGGCUUGAAGACGCUUGAAGCGUACCUGAAGGGGGUUCUGGGGUUCCAGGAGUACUUGAGGCAGUUCCACGGGUUCUUGGGAGGAGGUCCUAGGUGUUUUUUUUUAGCAGGUUCCAGUAAUAUUCAAGGAGUUCCCGGGGAUCCGAAGGCGGUUCAACGAGCUCUCGGAAGCAUAUUUCGGGUUCCACAAGCUUUAGAGGAAGUUCCAGGAGCUGUGCGGUGUCCUGAAGGAGGUUCCAGGUUUUGUUUUUAAAAGGGUUCCAUAUUAAAUCUUGAGGAGAUUUAUUUUUAAGGGGCCUAAUGGGAUCUAUAAGAGGGUCCCAGAGGAGGUUCAAGGAGCUCUCUGAGGCAUGUGGGUCCUUGAGUGGGUUCCGUGGGCUUUAAGUGACUUCCAGGGGGUUCUGAUGUUCCACAUAAGUUCAGUAUAGGUUUCAGGGUUUUAGGGGGACUCAGGACAUCUAAUGGAGGUUCUGGCAAUUUGAAGGGGGACCAGGGGAUCUAGAAGUGGUUCCGGGAGCCCUGAGGCUUAUCUCGGGGUUCUUUAGUGGGUUUCAAGGGCUUUUAAGGAAGUUCCUGGAGAUUCCAGAUUCUUCAGGGAGGUUCCAGGUAAUUCUUAAGGUGCUCCAGGGGAUCCAGAGCAGGUGUCGGGGGUUCGGAGAGGGUUCGAGGGGAUCCAGAGGACGUGAAAAACACAAGGAAGGAGCAUCAGGAGCAUCAGCAAAAUAAAAUGAAUUGAUUGUGAAAAGGAAAUCGAUAAAUCUCACGCGUGUUUAAAAUAACUUCCAUCACGCGCUGCUGUGCUGUGAAAAUGUGAUAAAAAUUAUUUUAAAAUAUGACAUUUUUUCCUCUUCAGUCUUAUUUGUUAGAUUUAUUUGUUGCACCAACAACAACAACAACAAUAAUAAUAAUAAUAAUAAUAAUGAAAUGUAUUUAUUAGAAGUGUUAUUACUUAAGGCUUAUUAUUACAAUAAUGGGAAUGAUAAAAUAAUAAUAAUAAAUUAUUACGAGACGGACCGAUGAGCCCUUUGCCGUCUGGUUUCUAAUCCGGACCCUCUUCAUCUUCAUCCUCUUCUUCGCCAACAUGUUUGCGGCGUCUCAUUGACUUUUUCUCUCCGCGCGCAGAAGUAUUUUUCCAGGCUUUCCAGACGCGCGCGCCUCCCCGGAGGGAGGCAGCGGGCUAAAGGAGGAUAAAUAUUUAAUCAGCGCUGCUCUGGAGUUUCUGCUUAAUUAGAGGAAUUCUGCUCCUGCCACGAAAACGAACAAAAAUGACUGCUGGAGAUGUCAAACCCCCCCCAAAAAACACACCAAGAGUGCUGAUCAGAGACAGACAAAAUUAUUAUUAUUAUUAUUAUUAUUAUUUAUUGGUGUUGCUGUGGAUCGAUGCUGCGGGCCGUCCUGUUUAAAUUCUGAAAUUAAAGACAUAUUUAAUAGCAGUGUGUGAAAUAAAACACUUGCACUUAAACGCAGCUUAUUAGCGGCUCUCUCUCCUGGUGUGUGUGUGUGUGUGUGUGUGUGUGUGUGAGCGCCAUAUGUCCGUGCGUAAAAAAGCGCAAAUUGGUGCCAAAUUUGCGCGCCUCCCGUGUCAAUCAGCCUGAACGCGGGAUGACAGAGGAGAUUAUUCCACAUGAAACCAGUUAAUCCCCCCCCCCCAAAUCUGAGGAAGUCUGCGAGGUUGGAGGAAGUGAAUACAGAUUUCUGUUACUGAUGAGGUUCAGUAUUACAGUCUCGUAUCCGCUGAAGGAGCGGAAACGCGCGCGGAAGGUCUGGAUGAAACGGAGAUGCCGCUGCGGCCUGUCAGCCUCCACAACUCAUUCAGAGACGGAUUCACGCGUAAACACCCCACACACACACACACACACCCCCCACAUCAGCUGAACACAAGUGGCAGAAGCUGCCCAUGUGGUGACACUUGUUUGAGGGAUGUUUUGGUGCUGAAAUGAUGAUUUCCCCGCAUCAACAGAUUCCCUCACGCGCUGCGGGUUAAAGAGGAUAUCGGACAGGUGUCAGUCUGUUUUAUUUACGUGUUUAUUUUUAAAAAACAAACAAAAAAAAAAAACGUCCAUCAUUAGCUGAACUCUGCUCUGUUGUUUUUAAUCUUUAAACUGGAGUUUUAAACGUCACUUUUUGCAGCGCGCGCGGCCCGACACGCGGAAACCCUAAUAUGGAGUGCCUUUUGGAAAAAACAAUGACGCAACGCGCGACUCCGACCAAUGGGACGCCAGAGGUGCGACCAGUAUUCAAAUGAGCUGCCCUUAUUUGGUCGUGUCCCCGCCCCAUCUUGGUCCACGCCGGUCCCCCGGGAGCUCCAGAGCCCCGGACCCCGGGAGAAGGAGCUCUCCGCCGGGACAGUGGAGCCAUAAAGAGCCGGGGAGGGAGGGGGAUGAGAUUUCUCGCUGCCCAAUCCCCCUGUUCCCCCGGGAGCAGCAGCCUUCCACGGUCCGUCCCUCCCUCUUGUUUGCUAAUCAUUUCAUUUUACUCCUUUUUGAAGCGGUGGCUUGUUUUUUUAUCCCACUUUUCAUUUUUCCACAAUCCGCGGCUGCUCGCCUCCCUCUGAUCCCCGGCUCUCCGCGCUGCGUUCUCCCGGCGUCAGGCUCUCCGGAUCCUGGCUGAUUCUCCUCCGUCUCUCUCUCUCUCUCUCUCUCUCCCUCCCGGCUCCUCGGAGAUGCUCUCCCCGCUCUCCGCUCCUCUCUCCGCCCUCUUUUAACUUCACAGAGACGCCGGUUUAAAGCCCAGGCAGCUGCGAGUCGGGGCUGGGAUCUAAAACAACCCCGGAGAAACCCAGAGGGAUCCGGGGCUCUUCUCUGGAUCAGGACCCAGUACUUUGGGGAAGCUCGCUCGUGUGUCCCUCCUCCCCUCCUUCCUCCUCAUCGCUCCUCUUUUCUCCACCUUAAUCCAGGUGGUCCUUUGGCUUUUUUGAGUGGCUGGUACAGGGAGGAUUAUUCUUCUUCUUCUUUCUUGUUUCUGGUGAAGACAAAGCUCCCAGAAGGACACUUUGAUGUUCUCCAUCCAGGACAGCCUCCCCCGGGGGGCCCUGACCAUGAAGGAGGAGCCGCUCCCCACCGGCAUGACCCCGGUCCGCUCCUGGAUGCAGGGCGCAGGGAUUUUGGACGCCAACACAGCGGCCCAGAGCGGUGUGGGUUUAGCCCGAGCUCACUUUGAGAAGCAGCCUCCGUCCAACCUGAGGAAGUCCAACUUCUUCCACUUUGUGCUGGCGCUGUACGACAGGCAGGGUCAGCCGGUCGAGAUCGAGAGGACUUCCUACGUAGACUUCGUGGAGAAAGACAAGGAGUACAACGGAGAGAAGACCAACAAUGGGAUCCACUACCGGCUACAGCUCCUCUACAGCAACGGCAUCAGGACGGAGCAGGAUCUUUUUGUUCGGCUGAUAGACUCCAUGACCAAACAGGCCAUCCUGUACGAAGGUCAGGACAAGAACCCAGAGAUGUGUCGCGUCCUCCUCACCCACGAGAUCAUGUGCAGUCGGUGUUGUGACAAGAAGAGCUGCGGAAAUCGCAACGAGACGCCCUCCGACCCCGUCAUCAUCGACAGAUUCUUCCUCAAGUUCUUCCUCAAGUGCAAUCAGAACUGUUUGAAAAAUGCAGGGAACCCACGAGACAUGAGGAGGUUCCAGGUGGUGGUUUCCACCACAGUCAACGUGGACGGUCACGUGCUGGCGGUGUCAGACAACAUGUUCGUCCACAACAACUCCAAACAUGGCCGCCGCGCCCGACGCCUGGACCCCUCUGAAGCAGCCACGCCCUGCAUCAAAGCCAUCAGCCCGAGCGAGGGCUGGACGACCGGCGGGGCCACCGUCAUCCUCAUCGGGGACAACUUCUUCGACGGCCUGCAGGUCGUCUUCGGCACCAUGCUGGUCUGGAGCGAGCUGAUCACCCCUCACGCCAUCCGGGUCCAGACUCCCCCUCGUCACAUCCCCGGGGUCGUGGAGGUCACGCUGUCCUACAAAUCCAAACAGUUCUGCAAAGGAGCGCCGGGACGCUUCGUCUACACAGCCUUGAACGAGCCGACCAUCGACUACGGCUUCCAGAGGUUACAGAAGGUCAUCCCUCGCCACCCCGGGGACCCCGAGAGGUUACCUAAGGAGGUGCUGUUGAAGCGAGCAGCCGACCUGGUGGAGGCUCUUUACGGGAUGCCACACAACAACCAGGAGAUCAUCCUGAAGCGGGCGGCCGACCUCACCGAGGCUCUCUACAGCGUCCCUCGCAGUCACAACCAGCUGCCGUCUCUCACCGGCUCGGCCGCUCACUCAGGGAUGAUGGGAGUGAACUCAUUCAGCAGUCAGCUCGCCGUCAACAUCUCCGAGGCCUCGCAGGCCGACCAGGGUUACUCCCGUAACUCGAACAGCGUGUCUCCUCGCGGCUACGUGCCGAGCUCCACGCCUCAGCAGUCCAACUACAACACCAUCACGUCCACCAUGAACGGAUACGGAGCGGGGAUGACCAACCUGGGCGUACCUGGGUCCCCCAGCUUCCUAAAUGGCUCCACCAACUCUGCUUACGCAAGCCCUUAUUCAUUCUCUCCUGUCCAUAUGGUUUCUGCAGUCAAACAGAAGAGCGCCUUCGCCCCCGUCGUGCGGCCACAGACCUCCCCGCCCCCUACCUGCACCACCACCAAUGGCAGCAACCUCCAGGCCAUGGCAGGUCUCAUCGUCCCGCCCAUGUGAGCAGGAUUCUCAGCCAGAUACCGUCAGACCCCCCCCGAACUCCCCAGCGCUGAUGGCCCCGCCCACCUGAAACGCCACAACAACCGCAGCGAAGAAUCCAUUCCCAUCGUCCCCCAGGCCGAGCGGCCCCGACUGACCCAGAAUCCAUCACCGCAGCAGAAGAACAAGUUUGACUUUUCAUCAGUUAAUUUACCGCCAGUCGACGUCUUUGUGGGACUUCGUCACGCUGACGGCUGAAGCCACCGCAGACUGCCCGAAACAGGAAACGCCUUCUCAGACGUCUGCAGUGGCUCCGCCCUCAGAGGAGGUCAAAGGUCGGGGGUGUGAAGAGUGAACUGUGGGUGGGAGGGCCGGUGUCUGCAGUACUACAUGUGGUGUGAGUAUUGUUGUGCUGAGUUAUGAAACAGGUAUGUUUGACUUCAGAAGUCUGUGGAGACUGAACGGGUCUCAGAUCAGUUUGAACCACUGUGAGACGGGAAGGAGGCGUGUCCACCGGGAGCUUCUGUUCACCGCGACGACAUCACCGACAGGUUUAGAUCUCAUCGAUAAUUAGCCAAUAAGGUUUGAUUAGGGUUCGACGUAAAGGGCCGUUCCAGUGGUCUUCCAUGUUUUGGCCGUUUAGUACAAAUUACAAUCUUCAUCACAGCAUUUUGUAAACCAUAUUGUUUUUAUCAUUCCAUGGUUCCAUUGGCUUCCAUUAAUUUCCAUAUAAUGUGAAAUUAAUCGGCAGACUCUUGAAACUUGCGUGUGUUGUGAGUCACCAAUAGGUCUGCAUUGCUUUCUGUCAAAGAUACAUUACUGUUAUUGCUGCGGAGACUUUUAAAAAUCAACCUUUACUUAAAUGGAGUUCUGCAUGGGACCAGAACCUGGCCUGUAGUCAAGUUUAACCCAAAUUAAAUUUCUUAUUAAAUUACAUUUGCACCAAAACAUCUCGAAACCUUCGGCGCCUGUCGGCUUCAAGUGGGGGAACAGAACUGACACACAAACUGCAUUAUGAAGCAACAAUAAUGUAAUGUAUUCAGCGACAUUCAAUGUAAACGCUCGUGUUCGUCUCCCGAGGGGCAGGAAGCAUAUAAACGAUUUAUUUACAUGCGUAGAAACAAUCUAAAAACACAGUGGCCACCAGAGUCCACGACCAAGAAGUGCAGAUGUGAUGGAUUACACAAGAUAAGCAAGUUUCAAGACUCUGCUAGUUGAUAUUCAUAUCAUAUGGAAAUGAGUGGACGCCAAUGGAGGACCUGAAAAGUACAAAUGUGCAAAAAAAAAAUAGUUUCACACUUGAGGAGGAAAAACGUGCAAACACACUUGUACGGUGGCUGAAAUAUUCCGAAUUAAAAAGCCCACCAAUGAGUUUGACUCUGUGAAAAUAAACCUGCAGAGAGACUUCUGCACUUCGUAUGUGGUUGUGUAGUAAAUGGGCUAAAGUGUGUAAAGCAGCCGUGCGGUCCGUUAAAGUUUAAAGUGGUUGACAUGACAUCUAUUUUAUAUGAAAUACAAACAGCGCACCACCGAGCUGCUUACACAAUUUAACCGUCUUUUGGUUAAAACAUGUUUUUAGGUUUUGUUCAAAUAAAUAAAUAAAUACUAGCUGAAGAUCACUAAAACCUCUGACUGGUUCUCGCUGGAUCAGAAGCUCUCCGUGGACACUGAACCUGAGUCGGGCCGAGUCCAGAAACCAGGAAAAAUCGAACUCUUCAAACCUUUUUUCAAAUCUGGAAAAACCGUCAGACGGUUUCCGGAUUUGAUGGAUUUUCAAUCAGAAAUCCCCAAAUCCCCUCUUCCCACAGACUCCUGAGAAAUAUCACGUCUUCUAGCAUUUUCCUUUCUGUACCAUAGCUUCUAACGAUGUUUGUGUCUCGUAUUCUAAAAAGGAGGAAAAUGCAGUUAUUUUCUAAGCUAACGAAAGAACGAACAAACGUCCCGCAGAGGAGAGAAGAGCAAAUGUUACACUAACAUUUGUCUGAAUAAAGUCGAGGCGGCCCGAGGUUUUGGUUUUGUUUUUUUAAUUUUUUGUUUGAUUUUUUAUUUUGGAACGUCUCAUUUUAAAUCUCCAGUACAAUAGUUCUGUUUUGCGGGUGUGUCAAGUGGUAGAUUUUAACCAGAAAAGGCUUGCAGCAGUUUUAAUCACAUUUAGGUACCAGAUUUUCUUGUUAUUCUUCUGAUUGUGCUUAUUUUAUAUGUAUUUAUAAAGUAUGUUUUGGGGAGUUCCUUUUGUGAUUUAGGCCUGAAUGAUAGUCUCAAAUAUAUAUGUAAACACAUUUGAUGUCUUAAUACCUUUUAGAUAUUGUAAAAAGAGUGAACAAGUGAGAGGAAUUAACCCUUUUGUAAAAACAAAAAAACGUCAUGACAUGGUCACCCUGUUUUUGAAAGCAGGACGUAAAAAAAACGCUUCCAUCACUUUUGUACAAAAAUGCUUUUCCGAUACGAUAUUUAACUUUUUGUAAACAGCAUCACUUGUGUUUCCCCUGGUUCUUCUCGUCCUUUGUGUAUUAUUGUGAAAUGUAUAAUCAUGGUUAUUUCUUAAUGCACUAUUUUUGUUGGGGCACUUAAUAAGAGCAAUGCAUCUUAGCAAAAAAGAAAAAAAAGCUAAAAGUUUAAAAAAAAAAAAGUUGAAAGCUAGAACGAUAUGCACCGAUAUGUUUCUUCUGCCAUUUUGAAAUGGCAACAAUCCUUGUCAUGUGAAAUUUUUAUAUUUCAGAAGCUUAUAACGUCAUAAUAUUCCUCCACUCUUACUUUUGGACCAAGCGUAUCUCUUGGUUUCGGUGUUCAAAAGACAAUAUUUUAUCCAUCUUAAUAUUAGACCCGAUCCUAGUCUUUGUGUUUUUUGGUGAGAAUGAUCGUACGAUUUAAAAACAGGCAGCAGAUUUUAAAACCACUCCGAAAAAGAGUUUUUGGGUCACUGAUCUCAAGGAAACUUCCAUCGAUGUUGGUGUUGUUGUUGAUGGUGCUGUUCUCGUCGUCGCACACAAUCUGGAUCAUUUACUUAUGCAACUGUGUUCCUGUUCUGUAACGCGAGCUCGUCUUCCACGCUGCCGUGGAAAGGUUUGGAAAAUUAAAAGAACUAAAAGUCAUAUUUGAUGCCUUACGAUUGACCACACUUCAACACAAAGUCUUCUCUUUGUUUUAUAUGACAAAGUUUUAGUUCUGUAGAAAUGACCGCAGAUCGUUUUUGCUUGGUUUCGUUUGACGAGCCCUUCGCCAGUCAAACUGUGAGAAUUUUUAUGUUUUUGCACCAAACAUUUGUCCCUCAGGUUCCCACAAAAAACAAAAAAUCUGCGUUAUCUGCACUGAUCCCAAACUGAAAAGGCUACGUUAGCAGUUAGCCUUUCAAACGUAAAAGGUAGAACUCCCUGAUUUUGUUGUAGUGUGAAACAGAAGAAACUACAACUCUAUCCGGGAGUUUACUACAGGAGCACAUCUCCUUCUCAAAGGGGGAAAAAUGGAGACUUUAUCUUGUAAUUAAUACUUUUACAUUGCCGAAUUAUAAUUUAACAUCUUGUAAUCAAAAGAAAUAACAUUAAAACCGUUUUAUAAUUGCAAGAUUUGUACAUCAAAUUACAUGAAAACUCAUAAUUCAUCACAAAAAAUUCUAAUAAUUACAAGAAUAAGUAGUCAUAAUUAGGAGAUCUGUAUUUAAUAUUUAUGAGAAAACGACCUUACAUUUACAAGAUUCAUAUCCCCAGUUUACGAGAAAACCAUCUCACGUAUCUCAAACUUAUCUCGCAAUUCUGACAAUGACGCGUUUCGUAUCUCGCAAUCAGGACGAAACUAUCUCAUAAUUCGAGAUCCGAAUUACAAGAAAACUCUCUUACGUUUCAUUCACAGGAUCUGUAUUUUAUAAUUACACAAAAAAAACUGUCCAGUAAUUUUGAAAAUCUUAAAAUCAGAAGUUACAGAUCUUAUCAUUAUGAUAAAUACGAGAAAACGUCUGCAUUUUUUACCUUUUUAAUUAACACAAUGUGCUUACAGAGUUUACAUUAAAGGACUGAUGUAGAAACAGUUUGUGCUGAAAGAAACAAGAACCAUCUGACGUCCCUUUAACUCCCGAAAAAUGGAAUCACCUGAAUCUCUAAACGUCUUUGGAAAUAAAAACAGAGGGGAGGGCAGGAAGCUGAAGUUUGGACGGAUUAAACUUUUGACUUUAUGCAAAUCCAGCAGGACUGACAGAAACCUCCAGUCACUGCACAACAUCACCCAGACGCCAUCGUGUUGGCUUGUGGGUGAACAUCUGUCCAGUGUCUUUAGGAAAAGCCAUUUUUUCAAUUAAACUAAUGAAACCCAGCCUGCAGAGUGAACAGUCACACCUCGCACUCGACGUCUCUGUUCAACAUGAACUCCCUCGUCCGUCUCCGCUUAUCAGAUAGCUUGCUAAAAUAUUUUUAUUUUUUGGUCACAGCUGUAGAAAGUUUGCUUCUCACCGUCCUGGUUUUCAGCCGAGGUUUUAAAAACUGCAAAGUAUACUUUUUUCGAUGUUUUACUUCAAUGUGAAAGAGGGCAGAGGUACUGCAUCUUUGUGAAAUAUGAAAUAUAUCAUCAAAGUAUAUCAAAGCACAAUGUUUAAUUAAUGUCUUUAGAAUACAAAUGGGGGGGGCGACACCCCCGGCUUUUUUCUUUUUCUGUCUCUGGCCAUGCUGUAAAUAGAUGCAUGUUUUUUGUUUUGUUUUCUCCUGUGAUCCAGUGCUUUUUGUACAGAAACAGUCUAAUAAAGAUUACAUUUGGCUUGA